UGAAACCAAACCAAAUAAUGAUGUCUGACUUCUUUUUACCCAGUCUUCAUCUCAACGUAUCAUCCAAUUCUGCACAUCACUUUCUUCAUCCAUUCUCAUUUCUGAUUAAUUUCUCUAAUUUCUUUGAAAUUUUCCAAUUAGAAAACUACAAGUGUAACUUCCUUCCACCAUUAUUCCUUGUUUGUUUAUCUCAAAUUCAGAAAUUCUACCCUCAAGUCAACUCCUCUCUUUCAAAAAGUCUCCCCCCUAGCGCCAUUUCCUACCCCCCUCCCAUAAUCAACUAACAUUCUCUCUCCAAAUACACCUUUAUCAAUUAUUUUCAUCACUCUGCUUUUUUCCUCAGUGACCUUUCAUUUUAAGGGUAUGCAUGUAAGUUACUCGGUACCAAGUCAAAAGUUUGAACCUUUAACAGUUGCCAAUUGGGUAUUUUUCUGAAUUCUUCUUCUUUUUGGAAAUUUUGAGAUAAAAAGGGUUUCUUGUGGAAUUGGAGCUGGUUUUAAAGACUGGGUCAAAACCCAGAAUUUUUCUGGGGCAGUUUUUUGUUGAAUUUUCGGUGAAUAUGUUUGGUGUUUAGUGAAAGAGAGAUUAAAGAAAAUGAAUGAUUAUUGGUGGACCAAUGUGUUCUUAACAUGGAGUAUACUGCUUUUUAUUGGGAUUUUCCAGCUUAAUUCCUUCUUUUGUUGGUCUCUUAAUCACGAAGGAAUUGCUUUGCUUAAGUUUAGAGAGAAAGUGGUGAAUGAUCCAUAUGGAGCAUUGACAAGUUGGAAGCAGGAAAAUGGAGAAGCAAACCCCUGUUCAUGGUUUGGAAUUGGUUGUGUUGGUGGCCAUGUUGUUUCCCUGAACUUGAAAAAUCUUUGUCUUGAAGGAACACUAGCUCCAGAACUUCAGCAUCUGUUGUACAUAAAGACCAUCAUAUUAAGGAACAAUUCGUUUUCUGGAUUCAUUCCUGGAGAAUACAGAAACUUAAAUGAAUUGGAGUUGCUAGACUUGGGUUACAAUAGUUUUUGUGAACCAAUUCGACAUGACUUUGAACACAACAUUCAAAUCCUUUCAUUCGAGAACAAUGGACUACCCUGCCACAUAUCUCCUGAUCUAAAAGAUACAACACGUCCUGAAGUUGAAGAUAAUAACCAGUUGAGUGCUUCUGUGGAAGUACCACUCUAUCCGAGGCACAACGAUCAUUCGAGGAUACUUCAGGAUCGACAUCAGAGUAGAACUGAAGGCUCUACUAGGCAACCAAUUACAACUGACGAGACACAUGCAGCUACAUCUCCAGAUGGACGGGCUUCACCUUUUGAGCCACGUCCGUCACCCCCUGCAUCCCCAGAACCUGAUUUUUUUGACAUUCCAGGACGUAAUGUGACGAAUGAAUCCCAACCACCACCAACACUACCACAGCCUCCCCCUCCUCGAUCUUCUCCACGAGCUGCUAGACCAAGGGGAAAUCUAUUGAUAAUAGUGGCGGGAACAGUGGGUGGAUUCAUCGCUUUGAUUUUGGUUGGUUUAUUACUAUUCCUCUUGAGGGGCAACAGGAUCAGAAAGGCAACAGGGUUGAGUGGACAACUUAAGAGAGCAUUUGUUGCAGGUAAUGACAGAUCAGAUGGACUCAACAGUGAUAAACCAAGUUUUAUUGAAGGGAUGCCAAAUCUGAAGAGGUCUGAGCUUGUAACUGCUUGUGAAGAUUUCAGCAAUGUCAUUGGAUCGUCAUCUAUUGGUACCAUAUACAAGGGAACAUUUUCUAAUGGAGUUGAAAUUGCCGCUAUAUCUCUUGUUGCAACUUCCGCCAAGGACUGGUCCAGGAAUCUGGAAACACAAUUCAGGAAGAAGAUCGAGACUUUAUCAAAGGUGAACCACAAAAAUUUUGUUAACAUUUUAGGUUAUUGUGAGGAAGAGGAGCCAUUCACUAGAAUGAUGGUAUUUGAAUAUGCUCCAAAUGGCUCACUCUUCGAGCAUUUGCAUGUAAGGGAAGCUGAGCAUUUAGAUUGGAGAAUGCGAUUGAGGGUUAUAAUGGGAAUGGCAUACUGCCUUGAGCACAUGCACCAACUAACACCACCAGUAACUCAUCCAAACCUAAACUCAUCAGCUGUAAACCUCUCUGAAGAUUAUGCUGCAAAAAUUUCAGAUUUCUGUUUCUGGAACGAAGUGGCUGCUCCACGAGUGCAGCCUUUAGCCAUUGGCAUGAGCGGCUUAAGUAUAACAUCAGUUAGCCCCGAGAGUAAUGUCUACAGCUUCGGCUUAUUGCUUCUAGAGAUAAUGACUGGCCGAAUUCCUCUUUCUUUAGAGAACAACUCAAUUGACAAUUGGGUAUCAGAGUAUAUGAGUGGGGAGCAACCACUGCAAGAAAUGGUUGACCCUAUGUUAAGGAGUUUCAAAGCCGAACAGCUUGAUCAGAUUAGCGAGGUUACAAGAAAAUGCCUUCAUUCUGAACAACAUAGACCGACAAUGAUAGAAGUUACUGCAAGAUUGAAGGAAAUAACAGGUGUUAUUCAAGAUAAAGCUGUACCGCGAUUCUCUUCCCUUUGGUGGACGGAGCUUGAUACUCGUUCUGUAAAUGGAACCUAGAAAGUUAUAUUUAUAGUUCAGUGUUUUCGAGUGUUUUUGCUGGUUGUAUGUAUGUAUCCCGAAGUAUACAGCAGUCAUGUGUUUUUAUCACUUGCUUGUUAUGUAUAGUUUGUGAGCGUAAUGUCUAUGAAGUACACUUGAUGGUUC